AUGAUAGGUGUUACAGAACACGAAAUAAAUAUAUACGACGAAAAGAAGGCGCAUUUUGAAUCGCUGAGCGGCUUCUCCAAAUCGCUAAAGCAUGACUUUAAAGAUUUUGUUCACAUAAUUUGUAAAGUGAAAAAUGUGAGGAAGCAUGGAAAGUUUUUACUUUUCUGUGACACAAAUUCAGGUGGAAAAAUAAAUAGGAAGGAAAAUGUUCUAUUUUACAGAUAUCAUGUUUUGAAGUAUGAUGAUGUGGAGGAGGAUCCUGCUACAGGGGACAGAAGUUCACGUUGUACAGGUAAUAAUAAAGGGGGUGCUAACUUUUGCCUGGUAGAAAAUAAAUUUAAUGAGGAAGCCUUAUCAGAAGAUAAGAACAUACAAUUGGUAAUCAGCAAAGACUUUUACGUGGACGAACACAAAUUUGAUUCAUUUCGAAAAUCCUUACUGAAGGAAAUUGACACAAAACAGGGGGUCGAUAAGGAUGUCAGACUUCGUAGCGAUUUGUUAGAAUAUUCAGUUCGACUGUGUAAGGAGUUUUAUGCGAAUGUGAUGAAGAAUGAAGAUGUGCAGACAUCUACCGAGGAAGGGUGCCCCAUAGAGGAUAACACAACAGAUAAUAUGGGAAAUGACCCCCUAGUGUUAGUGAACGAAUAUAUAAAGUAUGAAAUUUUAAGGAAAGUCAUAAAAACGGAUACACUGUUGUACAUUAUAGGAUUACCUGCCCUGACGAACACAAAUGAGAAGUCCCUAUUGGUUUUUUCGGCCUACCUCCUGAAGGUUAACUACGAAUUCUUCAACAUCAACGAAUUUUUGAAAUUAUUCGAGGGAGGUUUUUUUUCCAUGCUAACCGUGUGCAGGAGUUUGCAAAUGAAGGAAAGAGACAUUCGGCAGAUUUAUAACAGUAAGGUGGACACAAGAAGAAGAUUCAUACGAAACAUUAUCUACAAAAAUAAAAAUUAUGAAAGUAUAAGUAAUCAGAAAAUGAAUAAUUUUGAAAUUUUCAUCUUAAAAAUUAUCGACAUAAUUCCCAAACUGUUUGAAAUACAACCAAGCGAAUUUAACUACAACAUGGAAAUGAAUGAUGACAAACGAUUACACAGAAUUAUGCUCUGUGAUUUGAACCUAAAUCAAAUUAAUGACCAUGUAACAGUAGAUACAAGGGAGGGUGGAGAUGCUAAAGAACAACUGAAGAAAAAGAAAAAAAAAAAAAAGAAGAAAAAGAAAGAUAUAACGUCCUAUAUGAACAAUAAGAAGAUUCCACAAAUACAGUGGAUGAUUAAUCACAUACAAAUAUUGCUGGAAGAAAUAGAAAAGGGAAAUUCAAAAAUUAAUGUGUUUAGCGGGGAAGAUAUCUUUUUUUACAUGUCCACGUUGGUGAACAAGUAUAUAGAAAGCAACGACACCUUUUUCCAAAAUUAUUUAGAAUUUAUAGAGCUCUUUAUGGAGAAAAAUGAUAAACUCGUUAGUCAAGAGAACACAGAAAAGGUAAGAAGAAGUAUACAAAUUUUGAGAGAAAAAAAUGUGAACUUGUUUGAAAAUUCGAAAUGGAGUGAUGUCCAGUUUUACAACAUUAAGGAGUUCUACGUGGAGAAGUGCACGAACACGAGUGGAAACUUCAACAAGAAUUGUAAAAGGCUGGAUGAGGAAAAUACACCUAUGAAUUAUCACCUUCCUGAAGGUCUAACCUUUGAGAAGGAACAAAAUGUAGCGCAUGAAAUGGGGAGAGACGCCAACAUUGAUUGUGACCCGAAGUUGACGGACAACACGCCUGAUGGAAACAAUUUGACGUACGAUCACUGCAUCCUGGAUGUUGGGGGAGGGAAAGGGGAUUUGGGCAUUCACAUUUCGUUAGCCUUUAAAAACAUCCUAGUGAUCAUAUUAGACAUUAAUGUAAAUUCACUCUUCAGUUGUUUCAUUAAAAUUUUUGCAAACAGAAUUAAGAACGUGUUAAUUAUGCACGAAUCAAUAUUAAAUUUUGACUUUAAAAAAUAUAAAAUAAAUUUGAUAGUCGGUUUACAUUGCUGUGGAGGGUUAACUGAUUAUACUUUGAGGACCUGCAUGGAAGAAAGAAUCCCCUUUCUCACUUGUUCCUGCUGUUACACGAAAUAUAGACAGUUGAGGAAACACAUUUUCGAUUUUAACAAUGAUAUGAUACUUAAUCAAAUUAGAAGUUAUAUUUACAAUAGGGAGUAUUACGCCCAGGUGGGGUACAGCAUUGGCCAGUAUUCAGAGGAGAGGGGUGGAACAUCAAAAAGGGAGCACACCGAUGCGACGAGUGCUACGGAGAAUGCUGCAGAGGAUUCGACGGGGGAUCCUGUUCAUCUCAAUAUCCAGGGUUCCUCCAGAGAUGGAAAAAUACGCACGGGUGAUGAUGGGGGUGGAGACAUGGACGAUGUUGAUGAUGUUGACCAUAUUGGUGUUGUUGGCGAAUUUGGCGAGUACGACGAUUUCUCCCUAUGCAGGGAAAAAUACGACAAGUACGGGAAAAAAAUCAUCAGGAGAACCAUCCCGAACAUAUAUUCGUUCGUAAAUUUGCUGUCCAAAUUGUGCGAGAGCGAAAACGCCAGAAUUUCAUUUAAGUGCAUGCACUUCUAUAAUAACCUGAGAUUUCAAAUUUUGCAAAAGUUGUUUAGUGCUACGGGAAGUGGGGGCGAACGGGAGGAGUUAAAUCUGUCACUGCACUCAUUCCCCAUGUCCUUUUCGCCAAAGAACAUUGUCCUGAAGGGCGUGUUCUCGAAUAAAGGGGUGACGCGGUAA